AUGGAUGUGGUAUAAAUCUUAGAAAGCCUUGAGAAGUUCUUCAAUUUAGUGGACUCCUUUGAAUUCGAUCCAAAGUAUAAAGAUAGAGUGCUUGAUCCAAGAGAAACAAAGGAUCUAAGAAUUAAUAUAGACAAAGGCCUGAGAUGGCUGAUAGAUAAAAUAUAUGUUGAAGAUUUGGAGCCAAUUACUUUAGAAUAUGAUUGCAAAAUCCCAUUAAAUUCCUAUCCAAUUGAUGUGUAACUAGCUAUGCGUGAUGAAAGAUGCACCACUAAAUUAAGAAUUAAAAAUGGGAAUGUAAACGAUAGAAUAUUUCUUACGCCUGAUUUUCUCAAAUAUUUCGACUUCUCAAACGCUCUAGAUAGAAACUAUUUGAAAUCAAGGGUCAGAUUUCAGAGUGUUAUGAUUAAUUUCCAUGCUAAAGCGUUUACUAAUCGAUUCGCAGAUAAAAAGCAUCAAGUACCAUUUAAGUGCAAUGUUGGAAAUUCAUAGUGGGUGUAGUCUAGAAAAAAUAAAGAAUGCGUGCAGAAAUUAGAUGAUUAAGACAUUUAGCCAUGCCCAUUUUACGCUGUUUAUGAAAGAGAUGUAGAUUCUAAGACUGGUAAGGGCCUUAGUCCGUUCAAAUUAAUAAGAUAUGACUUCACUCAUAGCCAUCCUUUGUCGCUUAAAUAUGAGAGAUAAUUUUUAGAGUGA